GCAAUGAUGGCGACCAGUCAGGAUGUCCACGUCCGAAUUUGUGGGCAAGAAAUAAUUAAAUACGACUUGGAAAUAAAAGCUCUCAUUCAGGAUAUCAGCGAAUGUACCGGACCGCAGAACGAGCUGACGGAUUUGAACUCCAAGGUGAAGGAGAAAUUCAGUCAUCUCAGACUGAGGAUUCAGGAUUUGGAGCAAAUGGCUAAGGAGCAGGACAAGGAGUCAGACAAGCUGGCAAUACUGAGUGAGGCUGAAGGCCACCGAAAACAGAUGCUGAGCAAUCAGACUGCGUGGAGAAAGGCUAACCUUGCCUGCAAGCUCUCCAUUGAUAACCAAGAGAAGGAAGAGCUGCUUCACAGCGGAGAUACUUCAGUGAGACAUCGAAAGACGACCAAAGAGAGCCUGGUCCAGACCACCAGUGAUAUCACAGAGAGUUUGAUGAGCAUCAGCCGAAUGAUGUCACAGCAGGUACAGCAGAGUGAGGAGACCAUGAGCACACUUGCCACCUCUUCAAGAACGGUGAUGGAAACCAACGAGGAGUUUAAAGCCAUGACAGGGACCAUUCAGUUGGGGCGGAAGCUCAUCACAAAGUACAACCGGCGAGAAUUCACAGACAAACUGCUCAUCUUCCUGGCGCUAGCGCUCUUUCUGGGUACCGUACUCUACAUUCUGAAGAAAAGACUAUUCCCCUUCCUCUAGGGGGAAUUGAGCACAAGCUAUCAAACAAAAAAAAGCAUUUUGUUUGAGGUACUACUUUUUAUGGUAAAAUUAUCUUGAAUAAAUGCCUCUGAGGCAUUGAGUUUUUUUUUUUUUCCUCCAGUUUUGUGGACUUUGGUGAGGUUGUCUCGCAUGAGACGGAUCGAGGACCAGCGUGUUUGCGUCACGUGUGGACAGCUGUGAUCAUGUGACCCAGGGAGAUUCAUAUAGGAGGUUCCUCCUCUGCCAUGUGACUGAUUGUGGUUCCCAUUAUUAUGUUUUUAGAGUCAUGUAUUAGCGUUAGCGGAUACAUGAGUCGGUUGCCCACAUCCUUCUGUAGUUAUGUGAUGAGAUCACGUUUUGUAAGGCAUUGCUGUAGCACUGCCCAGAUGGAAGUGCGUGACCAAUUGUUGCCUUUUAUUUUCAGUAAUCAAGAUAUGCUAUCUUACCUUCCACUACUCCUCACUUGGUAGCCUGCUACAUUCCAUGUCAGGGUAAAGAUGCAAUAUUAUGG